CGCGCAAACACGUUAAAAUGCAAAAUACUCACUGGAUGUGGCGCAGCAGUGUCGCGCCACAGCGGGCGACGCAAACAGGCGGGCCACACUGCGCAGGCGCAGUAGCGCAAACGCAAACGCAGACACAGCAGCAACCAUGGCAGACGAAAAACCCAAGGAGGGAGUGAAGAUGGAGAACAAUGAGCACAUCAACCUAAAGGUGGCAGGGCAGGAUGGCUCAGUGGUGCAGUUCAAGAUCAAAAGGCACACUCCUCUCAGCAAACUGAUGAAAGCUUAUUGUGAACGACAGGGUCUAUCAAUGAGACAAAUACGAUUUCGAUUUGAUGGUCAGCCCAUCAAUGAAACAGAUACACCCUCGCAGCUAGAAAUGGAGGAUGAAGAUACAAUUGAUGUGUUCCAACAGCAAACCGGAGGCUUUUGUCUUUAAAGACUGUUUCCUACAAACUUCCCUACCUCCCCCCAUCAUCCCUGAACAUGUUUAUGUCUUCAAAUGCUCCUGACCAGUGUUGAAACCAUCCAGUGGAAUGCUUUUACAAAGUCUUUCGAAGGCAGCAGCACAGUUUGCUUGGGCAGACGUUGUCACGGUCGGUUAACGAAUCUGAAUUGUGUGUAAACAACUGCAACAAGCUGCAGCACGUAUGAUGUGUCGAAGAUUCAAAGUUUGUCAUUGUUUUAUUUCUUUUUUUCUUAAGUUUUGGAAAAUGCCUUGAAUCUUGGUUUUGUUUUUAUAAAUAUGCCAUUAUGGUUUUGCUUCAAAUGGAGUUUUCUUAUACUUAAGCCUGCCUAAAUUCACUGACAUCUGUUGCUGUUAUGAAAAUGUAUUGUUGGAAUAAAUUGAGUUUUUUUUAA